AUGGUAUUCUUAAACGUUUCAACAACAACGGAAAACUUACAAGACAAUGAAUUCUGUAUCAGUGUUUUAACAACAACAGCAGCAACACUCAUCUUCACCACAACAAUCACAACAAUCCGAGUCAUUCUCAUCUUUUCUACCACGAUACCUGUUGUGACUAUUAUGGCUCCUACUACCAUGAUAGGUGUUGUGAUCACGAUCAUUAUGAUGUCUGUGACUAUCAUAGUCCCUGCGGCCGUGGCCAUGAUGAUCCCUGUGACCUCCGUGACCACGUUGAAGUGA